CUCGUGCCAAGGUAGGCUCAGGUUUAAACCACCUGUCCUUUGACCCUGCCAGCACUGAGUCCCUCGGGCUUGAGAGCCCGGCUGAGGAUGGAAGUGACCCGGGGAAGAGGAAGAGGAGCAGCAUUCCCCCAGAUGGUGGCAGAAAUCUGAGCCUGGACUCUGUUCCGAUGGGACUGCCAAUGUCCGACCCGAGCGCCUGGGCCACCGCCAUGAACAACCUGGGCAUGGCUCCCAUGGGCAUGACAGGCCAGCCCCUCCUGCCUGAUUUUGAUCCUGCUCUUGGAAUGAUGACUGGAAUCCCUCCAAUCAACCCCAUGAUGCCAGGCCUGGGGAUUGUCCCACCUCCCAUCCCUCCGGACAUGCCGGCCGUGAAGGAGAUCAUCCACUGCAAGAGCUGCACUCUGUUCCCACCCAACCCACAUCUUCCCCCUCCAGCCACGAGAGAGAGGCCCCCAGGGUGCAAGACCGUGUUUGUGGGAGGCCUGCCGGAAAAUGGGACGGAGCAGAUCAUCAUGGAGGUGUUUGAGCAGUGUGGGGAGGUCAUAGCUAUCCGCAAGAGCAAGAAGAACUUCUGCCACAUCCGCUUUGCUGAGGAGUUCAUGGUGGACAAGGCACUUUACCUGUCUGGCUACCGCAUCCGGCUGGGCUCCAGCACGGACAAGAAGGACACGGGGCGGCUGCACGUGGACUUUGCCCAGGCCAGGGAUGACCUGUACGAGUGGGAGUGCAAGCAGCGCAUGCUGGCGCGCGAGGAGCGCCACUGGCGCCGCCUGGCCGAGGAGCGCUUCCGCCCGCCCUCCCCGCCGCCCGUCGUCCACUACUCCGACCACGAGUGCAGCGUGGUGGCCGAGAAGCUCAAAGAUGACACCAAGUUCUUGGAAGCCAUCCAGACCUUGCUGACCUGGAUAGAACGUGGGGAAGUGAACAGGAGAACUGCCAACAACUUCUACUCCAUGAUCCAGUCAGCCAACAGCCACAUCCGCAGGCUCGUCAACGAGAAGGCGGCUCAUGAGAAGGAGAUGGAGGAGGCUAAAGAGAAGUUCAAACUGGCUCUCUCAGGGAUCCUGGUGCAGUUCGAGCAGAUAGUGGCCGUGUACCAUUCUGCCUCCAAACAAAAGGCUUGGGACCAUUUCACGAAAGCUCAGCGUAAGAACAUCAGCGUGUGGUGCAAACAAGCAGAGGAGAUCCGGAACAUCCACAAUGAUGAGCUGAUGGGCAUCCGGAGAGAGGAGGAGAUGGAAAUGUCUGAUGAAGAAAUAGAAGAUCCAUCAGAGAUGAAGGAAACAGAAGAGUCAGCACUGGUGACACAGGUGGAGGCGCUGAAGGAGGAGAACGACAGCCUGCGCUGGCAGCUGGAUGCCUACCGCAACGAGGUGGAGCUGCUCAAACAGGAGCAGGGCAAGGCCUCCAGGGAUGAGGACACCACCAAGGAGCAGCAGAUGAAGCUCCUCCAGCAGGCUCUGCAGGGCAUGCAGAAGCAUCUUUUGAAAGUCCAAGAGGAGUACAAGAAGAGAGAGGCUGAGUUGGAAAAAGUGAAAGAAGACAAACUGAAAAUAGAAACGUUGCUGGAAAACCUGAAGGAGCAGCAGAGCAUGGCAGAUGAAGAGGACAAGGAGGGAGAUGCAGCUGACGGCCAGGGGAAUGAGAGCAGCACGUCCCGAGUCUGUGCCUGCAGCCAGGAGAAGGAAUGUCCGGCGGAGAAGACCUUGAGCAACAGCCCUGUGAAAUCUGAACGAGAAGUUCUCUUAGUUGGGAUAAUCUCAACCUUCCUCCACGUGCAUCCCUUUGGGGCCAGCAUUGAGUACAUCUGCUCCUACCUGCAGCGCCUGGACAGCAAGAUCUGCACGGCCGAGGUGGAAGUGCUCAUGACGCGACUGCAGAACACGUUCCGGCAGGAGCUCAGUGGGGUCGGGGCCAGCCUGGAGAAGAGGUGGAAGUUUUGUGGCUUUGAUGGGUUGAAAAUGACUUGAGCUUUGACUUCUCGCUGGAAGCAGCGGGAUAGGGAUGCUGAGGAAAGCCGGGAUGCUCCUCCCUCUGCUCCUGCCAUUCCCACCAUGGCCCUGGGUAACAAAGAGUAAAAGUGAAACCAAGUCCAGAGCACCACUGGAAGAACCUCCAAGUUCUGCAGCUCCUUUGAUCAGUUAUUUGUUAAUGGGCAAGUGCUGUUCAAUAUAUUUGGGGAAAAGCUCCUACCUGACCCUUUGAAGCACAGCGUGUCGACUCUGUGUUCUGCCAAUGUUGUAUGUGCUUGUGUGCCCAAAUUCCUCCUCCUCAGCCUUCCUUCUGCUAGGAACAGCCACAGACUGUCCUGAACCAAUAACAAAGGGGCAUCUUCUGCUUUCUAGAUCACCAAAAGGGGAAAAAAAAGGCAUUUUUUAGAUAUUUCUGUGAGUAAAAACCAAGGUAUGUUUAAACAGAAGAUUUGGAUGGCUCAGGGGCCUCUGAGCCAAGGAAUUGGUUGUUUUUUGUGCUGUUUUCUCUGUUAGAAGUUGAGCUGAGGUGGGGGCAGAGGGGGAUUCUGGCAGUGCCACUCGUGCUCUGGGUCAGUCUGUACAGAACCUUUUACAUUGAUUUUCUGGGGAUGUGGGUGGAGCAGAGCUACAUCAGCCUGGCUUUUGGUGAUUUUUACCACCCAGCUCCACCUGCUUUGCGUUGGAGACCAAGUUCAAGCAGCACAGACUCCUCUGCUCCUGAACCUUCCCAGCACAGUUCCCGUGUUCCCAGUGCAUGCCAGGCUCUCAGCCAGGUCUCAGAGGUGCAGCCCAGCCCAGCCUGCUCACAGCCAGCCCUGCAGAGCUCCUGCAUCAUCCCCCACACCAUCCUGCACAUCCCAGAGUGAUCCCAGCGCUCUGGCACAGCUCCAGCCCCUCCUGCUUGUUCCCCAUGCCCCAGGUGUUGGUGCCCUUCACUUGGGCUGUAGAUCCCACCUCAUCUUUGGGGGAGAAGCCCCAGUUGCAUUUCCUGACGUGUCCCCUGCCCCGCUGUCAUCCUGCCAGGUGCUUCACCCUGUGCCAUGGCCAAGGUGGUGCCCAGGAGAGUACAGGGAUGUUUCUGGUGGUUCUGUGUAUCUGGCACAGACACCUGGUGUUGUGUGAACCAAUUCCUCAUCCAAAACCCCAAAAUUCCACCAGUGACACCAGGCUUGGAGCCAGGAAUUGACCUGCUGGCUCUGCUUCUCCUCUCACCAUUGGGGGAGAGAACACUCCCUGUGCUCCUCCUCCCUUCCCCACUCAUCCCAAGGCCCCGGGGUCUCUCCAGAUCUCUUGGAUUUCUUCCUGCACCUUCUUCCCCCAGCCCAGAUGAACCAUCCUCCUCCUCCUCGUUGUUGCUGUCCCUGGCAGAGCCUAGCACGGUCUCAGAGGUGGGAAGGUGGCAAUGCCACCUGUCCCUGGGGUCAGCCAGGGCGGAGGGCAGGGGGUGUGUACUCAGUGAGAGCCAUCCUGGGGAAACCAGGGCAGGAACUGGAGGAAUCAGGACGGCUCCAGAGCCCCGAGGGCAGCCGUGGCUGGAGCAGCCGCAGUCAGGGAAGGCGAGGGCUGGGUGGGCUGGGGCUCCGGGACUCGCUGGCUCCCAGCCCCUGCUGCCUGCGGGCUGCAAGCUGGGCCGGGGCUCUGUGGGCAGCCAGAGCCCCCUCCCGGGGGGCUGAGGGGGCUGGGGCUGCUGCAGAGAGCGGGCAGUUUGUUCCAUGGGGCAGCAGGAGGGAGAGGAGCCAGGACCAGGAGCAGUGGCUGGUGCUGUGACAGUGAGUCAGGGCUCGAGCACCCUGGGGUCCUGCUGCCUCCCGUCUCCCAGGGCCUUCCCAGAGGGGCUGAGGUUUCUCCCAGGAGAAUCCAUCCUGCAGAUGGGCUGCUGAGGUGGCACCCAGGGACAGGUGACAGGGACCUUCCCCUGGGACCCCUCGUGGGCUGUUGCUCUCCCUGCUCCCAACACUGAGCGCUUGCUGCACUGGGAGCAGAUAGAAACCCUUUAAAAACAUGUUCUCAAUAGUUGUGUCCCUGCAGAUGAAUGCUGUAUUUUUAAGGAAUAAACAUUUUUUAUGGGC